AUGUCUUCAAAGCAUGAGAAAAUUAAUGUUGAAUUUGCUUCCGCAGUUGUUGGAAAGUGGAAGGAAACUUAUCAUUGGGUGCCAAUAUUAGGAGCUUUUGCUGCUGUUGCAAUGGCAUUUUCGGCUGGUGCCAACAAUCUUCCAGCUCCGUUCUCAACACCAGUAGGGCCAGGAGCAUUGACCCUUUUAAAGGCUUCAAUAGUAGCUUGCUUAAUCUAUGUUCCUGGAGCAGCCUUCACGAGCAGCAGCAGUGUUAAUGCUUUAUUUUCUGAUUUUCUCAAAGAAAAUCAGCCAAGUGAAGGUUUCUUGAUGUGGAGUAUGGUGGUUGUCCUCAUCAGUGCAUCAAUCUGGCUGGGAAUUGCAACAUAUUUGGAGUUACCAGUGUCAUGUCAACAAUCGAUGCAGGCUGCUUUGUUAGGAACUAUUCUAGUUGCUGAAGGUUUCGAUUACAUACCCAUGUGGAACAAGGCUUCUCUACUUCGCCAUGAAAAUGCAACCAAGAGGAUUCUUCUCCUCCCCAUUGACUAUGGAAUAUCUGCAGGACUGCUUUGCCUUUUCCUUACGCUUCAGGUCAUAGCAAAUGUAGGUCCUGUUUCCAGUUGGUUUAUAAUAUUAGCUGUAGGACUGGCCACACUGAUUGGAGUAUUCUUAUCUAUGGUUGUGGUGGUUCCUUUGGCUGUUAAAAAACUUGAUGCUGCAAGAAAUUAUAAGACAGCAAAGAAAAACAUGGCAGAAAAGCAACAAUGUGUAGAAAGUCAGGAUCAGGAUCAGGAUCAGAAUCAGACCAAUGAUACAGAAGGGGAGAAUGAUAUUGAAGAAGUAUUGAAAGAGUUCAUGAAGAUGAGAGUUCUUGACACAGUCUAUGAAGAGGAAGAGCGCAGCUGCACCCCACCGGAUGUAAUCAAAGAUCCUGAACAGGCUCAAUCAAUGUCCCAGAUUGAUGUGACUGAACAACAUACACCAUUUAAACAACUGCUUGAGUUUACACCAAAUCACUUGGUUGAAAUCAAGAACUUUCAAAAGAUUGAGAAAGCUAGCUUAGUUGAAACUGCCUCUAAGUUCAUCAGAAAGAUUGCAAAAUCUACUGUGUCUCCAGUUAUUAAGUAUGACAGAGACACCCUCAUUCGACAUGCUUUAGCUGAAAAAUAUGAUGAGAUGGAGGACUUCUUCAGCUUUCCACAGCUUCUAGCUUCAUGUAUCUUCGCCCUCAUUCAAUCUGCCAGUGAGAUAGCUGCUGUUGUGAGUCCAUAUGGAGCCAUUGUUGAUGUUUUCAAACACAGGGAAAAAUACUCCGGAAGCGGCGAAGAUGUGAAGUUUAUACAUGUCAGUUGGUGGUUCAGAGGUGUUGGAGGAUUUGCAGCUGCAAUGGGAUUCUUCCUGUGUGGAUGGAGGCUAACUCAAUGCCUUGGUGGCAAGCUCACAUUCAUUAGCAACUCUAGAGGAUUGGCUUCACAAUUAUCUACUGUUGCUGCAAUCAUCAUAGUAAAUGAAAUAAAUCUUCCUGUUUCAAGUGUUCAUGCUUUUGUUGGAUCACUUGUGGGAGUUGGGAUUGCAGAUGACUUUCAGGCUCAGUCGCUCAUUUCUAAUUACGAUAGGAAACCGGAUCUUCUGAAUUUUGGUGAGGGUGAAGAUCUCGAAAGGCCUCAUUCAUAUUCUCCUUCUUCCUACCACAAAAAUGGAGGAAACCCCUCCUAA